AUGUCCUAUAUGAGGUCAGACAGCAGCUGGUCCCAGCCACGGGACAUCAGCAGCCUGAUCCAGGCGUGCACCUUCAACAUCCAGAAGAUCAGCCAAAACUCUGGUCAGAUCAAAAAUCUUCUCCACCAACUGGGGACAAAGCAAGAAACCUCAGAGGUCCAGGAGAGGCUCCAACAGCUCCAGCACUACACCAACCAGCUGGCUAAAGAAACCAACAGUAACCUGAAGGAGCUGGGUUCACUGCCCCCGCCACUGUCUCCAUCAGAACAGAGGCAGCAAAAGCUGCAGAGGGAACGUUUGAUGAACGAUUUCUCCGCAGCCCUCAACAACUUCCAGGUGGUGCAGCGGAAAGCAGCUGAGAAAGAGAAGGAGUCGGUGGCCAGAGCUCGAGCUGGAUCCAGAGUCACGGGAGACAGAGGAUAUGUGAACGACCAGCUUGUUACAUUUGAAAAGGAAGAUGAAUGGAGUCAGAGCCAGACUCAGACUGAGGAGCCCACCAUCACUGAGGAGGACCUGGAGAUCAUCAGGGAGAGAGAGACUAACAUCAAACAGCUAGAGGCCGACAUUAUGGAUGUGAACCAGAUCUUCAAGGACCUGGCUGUGAUGAUCCACGACCAGGGAGAUAUGAUUGACAGCAUCGAGGCCAAUGUGGAGAGUGCUGAGGUUCAUGUAGACAGAGGGACAGUCCAGCUGCAGAAGGCAUCCUAUUACCAGAGGAAAUCCCGGAAGAGGAUGUGCAUGCUGGCCAUGGUGCUGUCGCUUGUGCUCAUCAUCCUCAUCAUCAUCAUCUGGCAGGCCAUCAAAUGAGAGGAGAGGAGGCCCAGUGAUACCUUCAGAUGACUUCCUGUGUGUGUGUGUGUGUGUGUGUGGGUAUGUGUGGAUGUAUUUAUGUGGGAUAAAUGAGCGGGAAUAACAGCGUGUUUCUUACGUUUUGUGUCUUUGAAGGCUAACAGCAACAUGUUAGGAAUAAAUCUGCCAAUAUUUCGUGAUGGUAUUCCAGACUAAGUUUUCCUUAAGUCAAAACCUGACGUAUUCAGUGCUUCCUCCUGUAGUUUAGGGACAUUAAAAGGCCACUAGAGACCAUGUACUUCAACUACCCCCACUACUGCAGCUAAUAGUAAUGGUAAUAAUCAGAUGGGGAUAAUGCAGACAGGAGGAGAUGAGUAGUUUAGGAUAUACAGCAUAUUGUAUGUAAAUUUGACAACAUUCAAACUGAGUUAACUAAGCCUCAGAUUAAAGGUAGUUAUGUUGGAGUGUGGCUCUGCCUGAACAAGGUGGAAAAUGCUUUAGCUUUGUCUGUGUGUGUGUGUGUGUGUGUGUGUGAG